AUGCAGGGAGUGCGCUACUUUCGAACGUUCAUUGACGUGGAGGACGAGGAGCCCACUAUUCCGGGUCCUCCGCGUGCUCAAAGCUGUCCGCCUUUCGGGACGAUCACUGAGAAGCUGGAUGAGGAUGUCGCAAUCUACGUCUCAUCACUCUCGGACCGGGCCAGCGAGUUGACACAGGCGCCAGCUCAGGUGGCUCCCCUGCCCGUGCUAAGCCAGGGCAGCCGGGGCCAUCCGGAUCUCUGUAACCGCCCGUGCAUCUUCUUCGCCUCCGGCAGUUGUCAUCUUGGUAGUACCUGCGGGCAUUGCCACCUGGCCCACCCUCAGCGCGCAGCACGGCUUGACAAGCGCCAGCGUGUGGCAGUGCAGGCGCUAAGUGAGCGGACGCUCUUGUCUCUUCUUCUCCCACAUUUUCGCACGCAUGCUGGUCCAGCCCAGGGCUUGAUCCUGAUGCUCGAGGAAGCAUCAGCGUCAGCAGAGAUGGAUCAGGAGGAGGACACGGACGUUUCCCAGUUGAGCAGAAAGCUGGAGAGCGUCCUCUCACGAAUGAGCCUUGCAAGCCUUGUUGGGCUUAUCGCAUCCAGGAGCUUUGAAAAUGGCCUGUCAAUGCGGGUACAGGCAGAGCUCGAUCGCCUUCGCUCUGCGGCAGCGUGA